AUGAUGACAAAAUCAAUCUUUGCGCGGAAUCUUGAAGCGAAGAAAAAAGAAGUUUUGACAUUACAGCAAAAGAAUUCAAAAUGCAUCCUAAAUGCUACAGAGAGUAUUACAUCACAGAGUACUACAAGGAUUACAUCAAGAAAACCUACAAACACGGACGUCGUAACAGAUGAUAACACUGUCCCAGAUUCCAGUACUACAAAUUUCCCCUCCGUUUGUGACUUCAUAAAUGCUCACGUGAUCGCUGGAAAUCAAUUCGCUUCUCUGAAGGUCUUGACAGAGAUUUAUGGGUUCAAUAAAGAUGACUGCAGACUGCGUGGUAAAGUAAAGGAAAGGCUUCAAAAAGAAUUUGGCGAUCAAAUCACUUUUGUCAGAGUAUCAUAUCAUGAGGCAGAAAUUGUGAUAAGUAGCAAAGCCCUUCUCACAACAAAUUUUGCCCAAUUUACAAAAGAAAGCAAAGAAUUCAUCUUGAAAGAGGCUGCAAAGAUUAUUAGAGAUGAUAUACUUGCGGUGAUAGAGAAUGCAUUGGAAUUACCCUGGCCCCCAACACCUGACUCUUUAUCAAAACAAGAUCGCCAGCCUCCUCGCAGUGUCCAAGACUUUAUCUUGCGAGUUAUCCAUGCAACCCAUCAUAGUCCAGGGGAUGAUGUUAAACGUUACGUCGAUUCAUAUUCACAAGAUCUUGUGCAUGCAGUUUCAAAAGGUUCAUUUCUUACACAGAAGCAUGUUCUUGUAGGGGCUGGGCUCCACAGCCUAACUGGCCAGAAAACACCGAUCAAAAUUCUUGCAAGACUUGGCCAUUGCUGUAACUAUGAUAAAGUUAGACUAAUUGAGACGGCUCAAGCCGAAGUAGUCCAGAAAUUGCGUUCCAUUAAGUAUCCCUUACCACUGCAACCAGCAAAUAGCGACAUGUCUGUGCUUACAUAUUUUUGGUGGGACAAUUUUGACGUACAGAAAGAGAAUGUUCCAGGAAGCCUUCACACAACACACGGCAUCGCAUUUCAAGUAGAAUCACCUGGCUGCAUCAAAACCCUAACCAAUGUGGAGACAGAGAAAACCCAGAGAAGAACUGUUAAGUGCAACCCACUUGCGCUGCCACAAAGAAAGAUUGUAUCUCAUACAGAGCCAGUAUUGUUUGAAGCAAUAGCCAAUGAUGAAUUUGACGGACGGUAUCACUGCAAACUUCUCUUUCUAUGGAAGCUUAUGAGAAGAAUCUUUUAUCAGUCUCCACAGUGUAUUUCUCGCUUUGUUGGUUGGGUUGUGCUUGUUUUUGGAAAACCAGAGUCGAGGGCCACGACUUUAACAUUCCUACCUCCUAUUGCCAAACCAAUCACUGACUACAGCACAGUCAUUGAAUGUAUCAAGCAAUCGCAGUCAUUGUCAGCUGCUUCCAAUAUGAAAUACACACAUAUUACAGUGGAUGCAGGAGCAGCUAUGAAAUUCUACCAUGUCCUCUGGAACAAUCCCGACGAAUUCAACGAUGUUUUCAUCCAUCUUGGUGACUUUCAUGCUUCAAUGGAAUUCUUCGGUACAAUAGGCAAGUUUGUCACUGGAAGUGGCUUCGAAGAAAUCGUUUACCAGGCUGGAAUGUGCACAUCGGGGGGAAUUAAAGGAGCUAUAUCUGGCAAGCAUUACAAUCGGUCCUGGUUGGUCAAUGAAUGUGUUGCAGAAGCGAUUGACAGACUCUUUUGCGCGGAGUAUAUGCCAGAUAUACCAGACGAGGUCGAAAGAUCGCUAAAUCAGAAAGUUGAGAAACUAGAUGUUACUUCUAUUUUAGAUGAAGAGACAUUCACUGCGUUUAGCAGCCGUUACAAGUAUUUGAAAGAAAAAUGCAUUGCUGGAGAUUUUGGCAAAACUCCACAGUUUUGGAUGAUAUAUCAAGCUGCUGUUGACCGACAGCAUCAGCUUCAUUUGUCAGCGAACAUUAACGACUUUUGCCUGCGAUUAAAAUGCUGGAAAGAAUCUUUGCCUCUAUGCUUUGCAAUGAAUAAGCAAAAUUAUUCAAGAUAUGGAGCUUAUUACUGCAAGUCACUUGAACAUAUCGAACAUACCCAUCCAGGUGCAAAGGAGGAAUUGGAAGAGAAGGGUUUGUCAGUCUGCAGAAAUGGCUACGGUAUUGGUCAAUCUAUUGAUGGUGCUGGGGAGCAAACCUUUAUGCGAUCUUCAAAAACUAUAGGUAUAGAAAAAUAUUUGCAACUAAUCAAAAAUGUGUUGUAGCUU